UGGAAACGAUCUGAAGUUAUUGAAAAUGUCAGUAGUAGUUAUGUCCGGGAUGCCAAUCAGUAUCCUCCCGCCUCGAGCCCUCAAACCUCAUCAAUUUUCUUCCCGCGCAGCAGCACCAAAUUCCCGUUCCACCGCCACCGCCGGUCGCCGCCACUCUCCGAUCCUGCCAAAUCCGACGUCCCGUCCCGCGGUCCCCGGCGGCCCGAAGCCCCGAAGGCCGUGCCUGACACGCCCACCACCUCCCUCUAUCUCGCGCGCACACGGCCUCACGCCUUGACCUCACUCUCGCCUUUCUCCUCCGCUGUUCCCCCAAUCCCCAGUCGGACCAAACCCUAGCGGCUAGGGAAGCAACCGGCGGCGCGACCAUCCAACCACGCGGCACAAGCGCUCGCGCGGGAGAAGGGCAGCUGGCAGGUGGCAGCGUCGCAGCGGGUAGCCAGCAGCGAUCCGCGUCUGGGGAUCGAGCUCGUCCGCCAAACGCACAAGCUCAAACGCUGUGUCGGAAUACCCAAGUGCCAGCGUUGGGUGAGGAGGAGGAUGUAUGGGAGGCGUGCGUCGCAGCUGCUGAAGGAGAUCGACUCCUCUGAAGCUGGCCAGCUCGCGCCGUUCAAUAGUGAUGUGUUUGAUCAGGUGAUUAGAGAGUGCAAUGAGCACAAUUCACAGUUUCAAUCAUUGAUCAGGAAAAUGGUGGAGCAGAACUUAGACAUUGAGACAACUAGAAACGAGGACCACUAUGGUGCAGCUAUCCACCAUCUUUCCCUGCUCCGUAACAAAAGAUGCCUCAUGGCCUACAUGUACAACCGAGCAGAAGUUAUUCAGAGUUUUAGAUGGAAAGUUGGACCCGUGCUUCCUCACGAUAUUCAAGAAAAGCUCCAUUUCUCAGAGAAAGAGUACUUUAAGAACCACUCUGCAGCCAUUAAGUCAUACAUAUCGGAGAUGGAUAUAGAUUUGACAGUAGACAUGGUCCCUCCCAAGGAUCCUUACAUUCAGGUUCGGGUGCUGGAGGACAUUGGCGAAGUAUCUCUUGGUGACCACUCUGUAUCGUUGACCAAGAAUUCACUCCAUUUCCUAAGGCGCACAGAUGCUGAACAAUUUAUAUCACAGGGUCUUAUGGAAGAAUUUCUGGAGUAGGGAUCACAUACGAUGUAUAAUAGCUACUCAUGACCCUUCGCUGGUUGUAACGUGGUUCAGACAUCUUGUGAAAAGAUUGUAUGUUUGGAAGAUGGCCCUUCCGGAAGACCUGAAGAGACAUGGCUAGAAUGCACUUAUGCACAGAUGAUGUAUCUAGCUUGUUUUCACCGCCUGGGUGGACCCUCCCCCGUGUUGCUUUAGAUUGGUGGCAUCGGGCAUCGGCCAUAGAGGGCUAGCAAUCUUAUCGGUCUAUCCAAUUUAACCGUGAGAACUGCUGUGCAUGGAGCUUCUUGACAUGGGAAAACUGGUGGCCGAGGUUGUAUUGUAUACAGACAUCCAACUGUGAAAUGAUUUUUCUUGUAUCUUAGUUUCCUAUAUGGCAUGGGCAGUUUGCAUCUGUUUA